UCGCACGCGAAGAAACGAACGGUCAAGAACGACAAGUUGUGCCUCGAAGACUACAUCCACCUCCUUCACUCUCGCCAAACCUUUCAUCUGAACAUGAAUCAACUCAAUCAGGUAAUCCGCAUUCACGGCUUCAAGAAAAUCCACCAUGCUCCGAAGAAGGUGUUGGUUGAUGCUGUGGACUUGCUCGAUCUGAUGGAUCUGCCGCGGUCAACACUCGGAGAGAGCAUUUCGGCAUUUGCAGUGCUGACAGUGGAGGACGCGGUUGCAGAUCUCAACGAGCUGAACUGGCAAGAGUGUUGUGUCACCUCCAUUCAGAAACUAUGCUCCUGUGAUAACCAGAGCUUGUUCCCUGUUUCCUCCAAUCAGAACCUUCGGAUCAUGAACCAUUCUCAAUCGCAAAGCAAGGUUCAGAAAACCAAAAGGAUUGAAGAAAUCUGUGGCCUCAUCCCUGAAGCUUUCAAGAGCAGCCUGCAAGCCACGAAAAUGGUGCCAAAGCGUAGGAGGAGCAAUGUUCAUGCUCUUGACUGUGCCGCCUCAACUGUGGAUUCUGUUUCGCUCGCUUCUUGCUGAACUGAAUGACUUACUUUGGCUUCCUUCUUUCUUUUAUUUUUCCACUCUUUUUUACCCGUUUAUAGUGUAAUGAAAUGCAAGUGUUUUCUAUAUGUUAUCCCAUUUAACUAUGGUUGG